UUUCAAAGAAGAAGAUCAAAAACUACACGAGAGAAAAAGGAGGAGAAAAAAACCUCCAACCCCUCGUGACAUUUCUCCUUUUCCUUGUAAAGCAAGCGAAGGGACGAAGAGAGAACAACAACGAUCCGCAGGAAAUCGAACCAACCACAUCUUCAAUCACCGGCGCCGUUAACCAUUUCGUCCUUUCGGCAUCCCAUCAAUCGGAGAAAGUUUGCAUUCCCUGCCGUCCGUUUUCAUGAAUCCUAGCCUGAAAUGUCGCCGACGUUGGUAGAUUUCAGAAAUCCGGCGACCACCCCGCAAAUGCAAUCAAGGAGCUCGUCUCUUCAAAGCUCUAACCCCAAAGGUCAGAUCUCUUCUUCUCCUUCUUCAUUCGAUAUCGGUAGUUUUGCUUCAAAGAAUCUCGCGGAGCAACGAGGGAAGUCGUGGCAGACCGAUUCUGAGAUGAUGAAUUCAUCGAAUCUCGGUCGUGGUGCUUCUACUUCUAGAAAUGCCAAUGAGGGUGGUGUUGAUAUCAAUUUUACUUCGCCGUCUGCGUCGCGGGUUGGUUCUGAGAAGCCCUCCUUGGCACCACAGUCGGGGCUGUCGAAGCCCCGGUUAGUGAAGGUACGAAAAAACUUGAGUUCUCACCUCGGAAGGUCAACACCACUCUCGGGGACUCGAGUUGAUCAGGGUUUUAAUCUGUUUCGUCCAGCUUCCGAGAGUUCGGAUCGCAUUGACGAUGAUUGUAGAAUGAAGGAGUUGCGUGAUCAGUGGCAAAGCUGGAAUCCAUUCUCACCUGACUCUGCGUACAAUAGUAGAGGAUCAAGUACUUCAGGUGCUUCAAGUUCCACCAUUAAUCAGAAGUUUGGUCAGUCAGGUGAAACGACUUUUGUAUUUGGAGCAAAUCACAGCAAUCUGGUAUCGAGUUCAAAUGUAGGUAACAGCGACCCUGGUGAUAUGGUGGGCAAAUCGCUUCCAGAUGACACGAGGAGGUUGGACAUUGGAAUCGAAUCAGAGAAUCGGAAGGAAAAAGAUGCUCCGUUUGUUUCUGGUGCCAGUGGAAGAGAAAGUUUCAAUUUGGGUAAGGAUUCAAGUGGCGGUGUUUUUGUAUUUGGAAGUGGCAAUCAGAAAAGCUCUGAUUUUGAUGGAAGUGCAGCAUCGAAGCUCCCAGAUGAGAUGAAAAAAUUGAACAUUGAAAACUCUGGGAGUGGUGAAGGUGUUCAGAAGGCUGAGGAUGUUAAUCUUAACUCCAAGGCUAAUGAUAGAAUACCGACAUUUGUCUUUGGAAGUAGUAGUAAUACAACUGGUGGUUUUCAAAGAAGUGUGGAAUCUAAGCUUCCAGAUGAGAUGAAGAAAUUGAACAUAGAAGAUCCUGGUAAUGUUGAUGGUACUAAUAAGUCUAAUGAUGCUAAAUUUGACCCUAAAACCAAUCAUAAGAAUGUUUUUGUCUUUGGAAGUAGUAAGGACAAUGCCAGUUCAUUUGGUAAAAAUUCAGCCACUUCGCUACCUGAUGAGAUGAAGAAGAAGUUGAACAUAGAAGGCUCUGGCAUGGGUGAUGGUGCUGAGAAGACUAAAGUAGAUAAUCUUAAACCCAAUGAUAAGACUCCUUUUGUCUUUGGAAGAAGUAAAAGUACUUCUGGUCCUUCUGGUCUGAGUGCUGAAAAUACUCUGCCUGAUGAGAUGAGGAAACUGAACAUUGGAAGUGGAAAAGAUUAUGUUGGUGGGAUAGAUACAGGUUCUUCUUCUUCUAGACUAUUUGUUAAGGAGACAAAAUCUGAUCCUUCUCUUGGUAACUCUGUUCCCACACCAUUCACUUUUCAGGCAGGAUUACAUGAUCAAAAUUCAGGCUUGGACCAAGUUCCUGUGGUUAAAUCAAAUAAUGAUAAUGAUACCAAAGUGGAUGGUGGUGUUGCAUCAUCAGCUUCAUUCUCAUUUACUGCCACUGGUGUCCAAUCUGUAGGAAAUAUUUAUGAAAUGCCUCCUGAAGACACAGAUGGUAAGAAAGCUGGCUUUGUGUUUACAAGCACAGGGAAUCGACCUGGGACACCUAAUGUGGACCUCAAAACACCAAAACAGGAUGCUUCUUUUUCCUCUACAGGAAGCCUAUUUGCUGGGUUAAACCAAAAGUUGGAAUUUAGUGCAAAGAGGGACACGGUCAAGGACACAAAGUUAAAGAAAAAGAAGGGAAAGUUGAGGCAGUCUGCCUCAGAGCACCGUUGGGCUGGGAAAGAUCAGUUUUCAAGGGGAAAAAGUUCCCAAGAAAACCCAGAGUCUCCUGGAAGCUAUUCACCCAUGGAUUUUUCUCCUUAUCAGGAAACUUUAGCAGCUGAUCAAUGUUCCAGAGAAACUUCAGUGGCAUCAGACGAAUCUAUCCACCUUAACCAAAAAUAUAUGUCAACUGAUACAUAUCCAACAGUUUCUACUGAUGCAGCAGCUCAGGGUUUUGUUGCUGCAACACAACAUCCAGGUAUCAAUAAACAUGAUCUAAAGUGCAGAGAACUAAAUGAGGAAAAGGUCAAUUGUUGUAUUGAGCAAAGUGUUGGUUGUGAACAUACUUCAGAUGAUUUUGUUUCUGCAGCUGAAAAUGAGUGUUCAAAGUCUGAAUCUGAGAAGGUGGAUGUUAACAGUUAUUGUAGUGUUUCUACUGCAGAAGCUGACCGUAGUUUUUGCUCAAACAUAGAGAGGAAAGAAGGUGAUGCCGGGGCACAAUUUUGUUUUGUAGGCUCGGAAGAUUCUGGUGAGGCUAACUUCACUUUUGCUGCAUCGUCCUCUGGCCAAGGUCAUGUUUCAGCAGCGAAGCGUGGUUAUAGAAAGAAAAAUCGAAUGAAAGUUGGUCAAGAUUCGUAUACUUUUACCCCUACCUCAAAAGUUCAGGUUCCAUCUCCUUCCGUGCAGUUUUUUCCACUUGCUGGUAGUUCUUUUCCUUCAGGCCCUGGGCAGGGUAAAAAAGAACAAAUUUCUCAAAGCAAAGGGGAGCAUAUACCUGAAGCAUAUAAAGAAUCAGAAGUCAAACAAGGGUCAAUCUCAACAACAGCUGAAACUUCUGCAGUUCAGGAGACCUGUGAAAAGUGGCGACUCAGGGGCAACCAAGCUUAUGCUAAUGGUUUUCUAUCAAAAGCAGAGGAUUAUUAUACACGGGGGGUGAAUUGUAUUUCUCCAAAUGAGACAUCCAGAAGCUGCCUUAAGGCUUUGGUAUUGUGCUAUAGCAACCGCGCAGCCACAAGGAUGUCUCUUGGGAGGAUGAGAGAAGCACUAGGGGAUUGUAUGGCAGCUGCUGCAUUAGAUCCCAAUUUUAUGAAGGUUCAAGUUAGAGCUGCAAACUGUUAUCUUGCAUUGGGGGAAAUUGAAGAUGCUGUGAAAUAUUUCAAGAAAUGCUUGCAGUCAGGAAAUGAAGUAUGCUUGGACCGCAAACUUGUAAUAGAGGCCUCUGAUGGUCUUCAAAAAGCUCUGAAAGUGGCUGAGCAUAUGGAUCGUUCUACUGAACUCUUGCAAAGGAGAACAUCUAGUGAUGCGGAAAAUGCAUUGGAAAUAAUUUCUGAGGGUUUGUCAAUGAGUCCAUACUCGGAGAAAUUAAUGGAAAUGAAGGCAGAGUCUCUCUUAAGGCUUCGGAAGUAUGAUGAGGUGAUUCAGCUGUGUGAGCAGACCCUUGAUUCUGCAGAGAAGAAUUCUGCCACAGAAAGUGCUGAUGGCCAGCCAGAAAACAUGGAUGGCUCUGAAAGCACAGAGUACUCUCCUGCAAAGCUUUGGAGAUGGCGCUUGAUUUCCAAGUCCUACUUUUAUUCCGGAAAGCUUGAAGAGGCCCUUGAUUUUCUUGAGAAGCAAGAGCAAGCAGAAUCUGUUACUGAAAAGAAUGGAGGCAAGAGCCCAGACUCAUUAAUGUCAUUGGCUAUUACUGUGCGUGAACUAUUACGUCAUAAGGCUGCCGGAAAUGAAGCAUUUCAAUCAGGAAGGCAUUCAGAAGCAGUUGAACAUUAUACUGCUGCUUUAUCAUGCAAUGUUGAAUCACGUCCUUUUGCCGCAAUCUGUAUUUGCAAUCGAGCAGCGGCAUACCAAGCUCUGGGCCAAAUUACUGAUGCUAUUGCAGAUUGCAGUGUAGCAAUAGCUCUUGAUGGGAAUUACCCAAAGGCAAUUUCUAGAAGAGCUACCUUACAUGAGAUGAUAAGAGAUUAUGGACAAGCAGCUAGUGAUCUUGAGAGACUUAUAUCUAUUCUUGAAAAGCAACCAGAUGAUGGAGCCAAUCAAUCUGGAACUAGGUCAUCUAGCAGUGUCAAUGAUUUAAGACAAGCUCGCCUUCGACUUUCCACAAUGGAAGAAGAAGCCAAAAAAGGAAUACCCUUGGAUAUGUAUCUCAUCUUAGGGAUUGAACCAUCAAGCACAGCAUCGGAUAUCAAGAAGGCCUAUCGUAAAGCUGCCCUUAGGCAUCAUCCAGAUAAGGCUGGUCAAUUCUUGGUAAGAAGUGAUAAUGGAGAUGAUGGGUUGUGGAAAGAAAUUUGUGCAGAGAUCCACAAGGAUGCUGACAGGCUCUUCAAAAUGAUUGGAGAAGCAUAUGCCAUACUUUCAGACCCUGCCAAGCGCUCACGCUAUGAUCUUGAAGAGGACGUGAGGAAUGCCCAGAAGAAAGGCAAUGGAAGCAGCAUCCCAAGGGCACAAUCAGAUGCCUUUAACUAUCCAUUUGACAGAAACAGCAGCAGGCGGCAAUGGCGGGAUGUGUGGAGGUCAUCUGGGAACUCUCAUACUCGUUGGUCAGAGGCAUCUCGUUCAAACAGGUAUUCUUGAAUGGAAUUGUGCGGCUUCAGGUCAGGUUAUCAACAUGGUCCAGGGCAAUUAAGAUAACCUUGUUAUACAGCUCCAUUAUACAUUGCUUUCCAUUCCAAGAGUUGCAGAAUAUAGGCAACGUCUUGGGUCAUUCCAUAAAAAGAAUGAAGAGCUUUGGCCCUUGGGUGGAAGUUGCAGAUAUUGAAGAGCUAGAGAAAGAACGAAAAAAAAAACCUCGUGGGAGGAAGAAAACAAUACAGAAAAGGUUUUGACUCUGCUAUCUUACAUUGGCCAUUUGUACAGCAUACAAAGCUAAAUGGCCUCAGUUGUUUCCAAGUUUUGGCUGAUGCUGGUGAGGUGAAAGAUGGGAGAAAUGGGUUUUUGAUGUACUUGGUGGGCUAAAGGGUCCACAAGUGCAGAUUUUUUUUUUUUUUUUUGCCUAUUGUUUGUGAUGCUGUGGAAAAGUUGCGUGGGUGCGAAUUGCAUUUCUUGCUUAUCAAGAAAGGUUCUGUCAUGAAGUGUUUGGUUUGUACGUCGAUUGGAUGUAAUUUGCUGGCACUGGAAAUUGAUGAAAAAGAGGAAUCUAGACUAGACAACAGGCGGAAUGGCAGCAUCUGAUUACUCUAGAGAUUCUGAAAGUCAGUUUUGUUUGAAUAUGAAAAUUAGUGAUUAAAUUAUUUUUAAUGAGUAUAGCCUUUUUUGUUGGCUAAUGUCUUAUUGAGCA